CCGCAGCGAGUUACAUCAAAGAUACUGUAUAUAACAAUGUUUGGUUACAUGCACACAUACUUUGAAUGAGCGAGAAGACGAUAUUGUAGCGCAGAUAAUUUUUUCAGCUGUCAUUUAACAAGCAUGUCUUCAGCUGAGAGUCUGAGAGAGUUGGUCACCGAGCGACUAACCGCUGCUGCUAAAGAAAUAUUCAGAGCUGUUAACAAAACUAUCGUCGAGUACGAGCAAGAGAUCAAGCGUCAGCGCAUACUGUUGGACAUCGUUUGGAACCCUGAAAUAAAGCUACACAGGAUAGAGCUCCCACAGCAACAUGCCUUUAAGGAGGAGAAGGAGGGUCUCACUGACCAGCAGCUGUGUGUUCAGGAGAGGAGCUCCAUUGUGGACCAGGAGGGCCCAGAGCCUCCACAGGUUAAAGAGAAGCACAAGACUGAUGACUUAAAGUUGGCUCAUACAAAUGAGGAAAGGGACCACAGUAACGAUGAGAAUCUGAACUUUAGUACUGAUGACACAAGUUCAGAAGAGAAAGAUUCUGUCUUCAACAUGCCAGUUAUAAUCUCUGUGGUAUCAGAAGCAAACAGUGACCACCAGUUCCUCUCUCACAACGCUCAUGAAACUGAGGGCCACACUCAGAAAGGAUGCGAGGAUAAAGACGCAGGAUUAGUUAGGAGUGCGAAGCCAAAACCGAAGAAGAGACACUCACACAAAACCAAAAGUCACAGUAACAACGUAGACAGCCGUAAUUUGUCAGAGAUCCGCCGUAAUACUCCCACACCUAAAAAACCUUUAAAAUGUGACACAUGUGGAAAAGAUUUUAAGUACAAUUCAAUAUUGCAGAGGCACCUCAAAACCCACACAGGCAAGAAGAAGUACACUUGCAGAACAGAGGAAGAGCCUGUCAUCAACAUGCCGGAUACAACAUCUGUGGUAUCAGAAGCAGACAGUGACCACCAGCUCCUCUCUGACAACUCUGACGAAGCUGAGAGCCAAACUCAGGAAGGAGGAGAGCAUGGAGACGCAGGAUCAAUCAGGAGUGCGGAGACAAAACUAAAGAAGAGAUGCCACAAAAGCAAAAGUGACAGUAAUGAAAAACCCUUCAAAUGUGACACGUGCGGGAAAGAUUUUAAGCUCAAUUCACGACUGCAGACACACCUCAAAACCCACACAGGUGAGAAGCAGUAUGCUUGCAAGACCUGUGGAAAAGAUUUCAUAACAAAUAGUGCCCUGAAGGUCCACACUCAAAGGGUCCACUCAGGUGAGAAGCCGUAUGUUUGCAAAACGUGUGGAAAAGAUUUCACAACAAACGGUGCCUUGUCGGUCCACAUUAAAAGAAUCCACACAGGUGAGAGGCAGUGCGUUUGCAAGACCUGUGGGAAAAAAUUCUGGGAUGUUUCAACAUUGACAGUCCACAUGAGAAGCCACACUGGUGAGAAGCCAUUCUCUUGCAAAAUAUGUGGGAAAGAUUUCACAGUACGUUCUGCUUUGUCAUCCCACAUGAAAAGAAUCCACAUAGGUGAGAAGCUGCACGUUUGCAAGACCUGCGAGAAAAGCUUCUUUGCCCUUACAGGCUUGAAAAAGCACAUGAUGAUCCACACUGGUGAGAAGCCGUAUACGUGCAAAACAUGUGGGAAAAGUUUCAGACUUAGUGGGGACCUGAAAAUCCACGCAAGUACCCACACAGGUGUGAAGCCGUACCCUUGCAAGACCUGCGGGACCUCCUUCUCACGCAUUUCAGCAUUGAAAAAACACGAAAGGAUCCACACUGGUGAGAAGCCAUUUACUUGCAAAGAUUAUGGGAAAUGUUUCAGACGUAGCACUCACUUGACAGCCCACAUGAGAAUCCACACAGGUGAGAAGCCAUAUUAUUGCAAAACAUGUGGACAAGAUUUUGCGCGUUUGGAAACCUUGUUGGUCCACAUGAGGACCCACACAGGUGAGAAGCCGUACGUUUGCAAGACCUGCGGGAAAACAUUCACCCACCAUACAAACUUUAACAUGCAUAUGAAAACCCACACUGGUGAGAAACCGCAUACUUGCAAAAACUGUGGAAAAGGUUUCAUAACUAGUGGUGACAUGAGAAUCCAUAUGAUACGAGCCCACACUGAUAGGAGGCCGUACGCUUGCACGACAUGUGGCAGCGCUUUCAAAUGUUAUCAUGACCUUAGAGUCCACGUGAGAAUCCACACAGGCGUGAAGUCGUGCAUUUGCAAGACCUGCGGGAAAGGAUUCUUGGACAAUGCAAGAUUGAAAAGCCACAUGAGAAUCCACAGUGGUGAGAGACCAUAUAAGUGCAAAAUGUGUGUCAAAGAUUUCAGACAUCUUAAUUCCCUGAAAAGACACAUGAAAAGCCACGCUGGUGAGUAGAUGUACCCGUCAAGAUCUGCAGAAAAACAUUCUUGUUUUGUCUCGUACAGCAAAGCAUAUAAGAUGACAUACAAACCAGUAGCCCCGUGUUGGCAACAUAUGUGUGAGACAGGUCAGUUGUGUCACUUCAUGGUCAAAACCUACAAGAACUGACAGAUGUGAGGAGCCACAUAAUCGCAGCACUUGUGGCAAAAGUUUUUCUUAAAUCACAUUCUUGAAAAGGUGAAAGGUUCCCUUCAUGUGACUGUAUUACCUAGCAAACAGUUGUACCUUCGAAAUUAAUGAGUGCACAGUAGUUGCUUUUAAAGUGAUGGUGGGGUCAUGACUCAUGAUUGUGUUCAGUUUUGUCAAAUAUCCGUUAAUGAAGUAUGUCAGACUCACUUUUAGUUUAAACUAUAACAAGGACUUAAAUCCACGUACCUCGAGUUGUUUUGAUCGUUCUAUAUGAAGCCCUCCGCAUGUUUGCGAGAAGGGAAUUUUCCGUUUGAGAGUGACUGACAUCACUGUUUAUUUAUUACCAUAUAUUAAGUUCUAUUAAAUGUUAAUGUGCCUCCUUUUUGCUGUUUUCAUACACUACGCCAUUUAUAUGCUAGCCAAAUUGUUGGCAUUUUUCCUCCAUAGAUUACAAAUGGUUAAUUGAUUGUUGAAUUAGUUCAUGGUUAAUGCCAAUUAAUUGUAGAGAAUAAAAUGCCGGCAAGUGUAAAUGGAACAAACCCUACCUCAUGUGGGAUCUUGUUUGUGUUCAGUUGUGCCAAAUGUCCGUUAAUUAAGUACAUUAGAAUCACUUUUAGUUCGAAGUUUAACAAGAACUUAAAAUCCAUGUACCUCAAGUUGUUUUGAUUGUUCUGUAUCAGUGGUUCCCAGCUGGUGGGUCGGGGUCCAAAAGUGGGUUGCAGCACAGAGCUUUUAUUUUGAAGUGUCGUGUUCUGCUGCAGAGUUAGUGACUAAUGGACAGCUACUUAACAGAGACAGCAAACUAGCUGCAUGACAUGGGCAAACACACGCAUGAUGCUGAAUAUAUUUAACUGUGUGGACCUUGAACUAGUGACUAAGGAGAAAUCUGGACCCCGUGGCUGGACCAGUUGGGAACCACUGUUCUAUAUGAAGCCUCCUGCACAUCUUUGUGAGAAGUAAAUGUAACAUUUGAGAGUGAGUGACAUCACUGUUAAGCUCUAUUAAAUGUUAAUGUGCCGACUUUUUGCUGUUUUCAUACACUAUGUCACUUAUAUGUCAUGCAAAAUGUUUGGCAUUUUUCCAAUAAAUUACACAUUUUCUAGU